AUGUCGGUCGAGCUGCCUGCGAAGAAAACUUGUCUGUACGAUGUACACGUCGCGAAUGGCGGGAAAAUGGUGCCGUUCGCCGGUUACAUGAUGCCGGUUGAAUACAAAGAUCAAACGUUGAUCCAAUCUCAUUUGCACACCAGAAGCCAUGUCAGCAUUUUCGACGUGUCACAUAUGCUGCAAACGAAAAUUUACGGCAAAGACAGGAUAAGGUUUAUCGAAAGUCUGAUCGUUGGCGACAUUCUCUCGCUGCCAGACAAUCAGGGCACUUUGACCUGCUUCACAAACGAGAAUGGAGGCAUAAAAGACGAUUUGAUUGUUACACGUACGUCGCAGGAUUACUUGUAUGUGGUUACGAACGCGGCUUGUGCCGAGAAGGACGUUGCACAUUUUCAGAAGCACCUCAAAGAGUUUCAGAAGCAGGGUCAUGACGUUGGAGUGGAACACCUUUUUGGACGAGGCCUGAUUGCUGUUCAAGGCAAGUGCAUGACUUAG